AGAGACUUUUGUACGUCGCUCAGGAUGCGAGUGUCUGCCAAAUGCCAGAAAUAUAAUGUAAAUGUAAUGUUUUGAAAAGAGACUCCACUCAAACAAAAUCUUUACCAGGAAUGUACCAGUGGAUUUCUGAGUAUCGGUCAACAGUUUAUAAGUCUGAUCAUAUAUGACAUUUUCUAGUAUGGUUCAAUGAUAUAAUUUAUAAUGUGUAGAAUUUACAGGCACAAAACAGAUAUUUAAUGUAAACAUAGAACACAGCUCAAAUAGAAUAAUCAUUUACAGUCCUGCUCUCUGAAGAGGAUGGGUUAUUUUCAAGGUUUUUCAAGGUUUCUUCCUCAUGUCUUACUGUCUUACUCUUUAGAGUUCUAAAUCUACAUCUGGAUUUCAGUAAAGCCACUUUGCGCAAAUGUUAAAGCUCUCUAAAUAAACUACAAAAAUAGAAUGAACAUGGUAUUCUGAAUAUUACUAAAGGUUCUGUAGGUUAAUUUACAAAUUACUCCCUAUAGGUCAGUGCAUUACUUAUGGUAAGAAGCGCGUGUGUCUGGGUGUGAGAGUGUCCGAAAAAGCGGAACAACCCGGCUAUAUUAAGGCAAAUACUGAGUUGGGGGGUAGCUUAAGAGAGAGUGGACAACCGUGGACGCUCCAUACACCAUAACCAACAGGAUUAUAUUCAGCAAUUUGUUUUACUAGACUCAUUUCUGUGGACACUUUUUAUCGGACCGUUUCCUCAGAAACUGCGGGACUUACUUCCAGCCUAAGACGUUAACAAUUCUAGACUAUUUCUUUAUUAUUAUCUCGAAAUCUUCUAAGUAUGGAGAUGAGCUUGUGGACACUACUGUUACUCCUGCUUUCGUUUGUGUCCAGGGGAAACACAGGUGAAUGUCCGAAACCUGUCCUGGAGGGAAAUGUGGUGUUAUCUGACUCUGCUCUUUUUGAAAAUAAUUUUCCUGAUGGAUCUGUGGUCAGUUUGAAGUGUGCUACUGGCUAUAAGGUGGAUGAGGGCUCCAGCACCAUCACAUGUCUUGGUGGUGAAUGGAGCCACCAGGAGCUGACCUGUAAAAAAAAAGACUGUGGUCCUCCUAAACCAUCCCCCAAUAUGAAAUUUAACAUCCCGAGUGGAACAUUGUUUGGUGAUUAUGUUAGACCAUACUGUGAUCGUGGGUAUUACCUUCAGGGCUCUCAGUCUAGGCAGUGUCUUGCAUUUGGCUGGACUGGAAGGUCAAAGUGUUUGUUGGUAACCUGUGGAAAGCCUCCUGAGAUACCUAACUCAGUCAUAGUCACUGAUCAUAAAAAAGAGAUCAUGGAAUUUGAAGAUGUCAUUGAAUACCGCUGUGAGGACGGCUACACUCUUGUAGGCAGUGGAUCAGUUGUUUGCCAGGAAAAUGGGAAAUACAGUUCACUUCUGGAGUGCAAAGAUGAAUGUCCGAAACCUGUCCUGGAGGGAAAUGUGGUGUUAUCUGACUCUGCUCUUCUGAAAAAUAAUUUUCCUGAUGGAUCUGUGGUCAGUUUGAAGUGUGCUACUGGCUAUAAGGUGGAUGAGGGCUCCAGCACCAUCACAUGUGUCGGUGGUGAAUGGAGCCACCAGGAGCUGACCUGUAAAAAAAAAGACUGUGGUCCUCCUACACCAUCCCCCAAUAUGAAAUUUAACAUCCCGAGUGGAACAUUGUUUGGUGAUUAUGUUAGACCAUAUUGUGAUCGUGGGUAUUACCUUCAGGGCUCCAGUUAUAAGCAGUGUCUUGCAUUUGGCUGGACUGGAAGGUCAAAGUGUUUGUUGGUAACCUGUGGAAAGCCUCCUGAGAUACCUAACUCAGUCAUAGUCACUGAUCAUAAAAAAGAGAUCAUGGAAUUUGAAGAUGUCAUUGAAUACCGCUGUGAGGACGGCUACACUCUUGUAGGCAGUGGAUCAGUUGUUUGCCAGGAAAAUGGGAAAUACAGUUCACUUCCACAGUGCAAAGGUGAAUGUCCGAAACCUGUCCUGGAGGGAAAUGUGGUGUUAUCUGACUCUGCUCUUCUGAAAAAUAAUUUUCCUGAUGGAUCUGUGGUCAGUUUAAAGUGUGCUACUGGCUACAAGGUGGAUGAGGGCUCCAGCACCAUCACAUGUCUUGGUGGUGAAUGGAGCCACCAGGAGCUGACCUGUAAAGUGGUAACCUGUGGAAAGCCUCCUGAGAUACCUAACUCAGUCAUAGUCACUGAUCAUAAAAAAGAGAUCAUGGAAUUUGAAGAUGUCAUUGAAUACCGCUGUGAGGACGGCUACACUCUUGUAGGCAACGGAUCAGUUGUUUGCCAUGAAAAUGGGAACUACAGUUCACUUCUACAGUGCAAAGGUGAAUGUCCGAAACCUGUCCUGGAGGGAAAUGUGGUGUUAUCUGGCUCUGCCCUUUUGGAAAAUAACUUUCCUGAUGGAUCUGUAGUCAUUUUGAAGUGUGCUACUGGCUAUAAGGUGGAUGAGGGCUCCAGCACCAUCACAUGUCUCGAUGGUGAAUGGAGCCACCAGGAGCUGACCUGUAAAGUGGUAACCUGUGGAAAGCCUCCUGAGAUACCUAACUCAGUCAUAGUCACUGAUCAUAAAAAAGAGAUCAUGGAAUUUGAAGAUGUCAUUGAAUACCGCUGUGAGGACGGCUACACUCUUGUAGGCAACGGAUCAGUUGUUUGCCAGGAAAAUGGGAAAUACAGUUCACUUCCACAGUGCGAAGUGGUAACCUGUGGAAAGCCUCCUGAGAUACCUAACUCAGUCAUAGUCACUGAUCAUAAAAAAGAGAUCAUGGAAUUUGAAGAUGUCAUUGAAUACCGCUGUGAGGACGGCUACACUCUUGUAGGCAGCAGAUCAGUUGUUUGCCAGGAAAAUGGGAAAUACAGUUCACUUCUACAGUGCAAAGAUGAAUGUCCGAAACCUGUCCUGGAGGGAAAUGUGGUGUUAUCUGACUCGGCUCUUCUAAAAAAUAAUUUUCCUGAUGGAUCUGUGGUCAUUUUGAAGUGUGCUACUGGCUAUAAGGUGGAUGAGGGCUCCAGCACCAUCACAUGUCUCGAUGGUGAAUGGAGCCACCAGGAGCUGACCUGUAAAGUGGUAACCUGUGGAAAGCCUCCUGAGAUACCUAACUCAGUCAUAGUCACUGAUCAUAAAAAAGAGAUCAUGGAAUUUGAAGAUGUCAUUGAAUACCGCUGUGAGGACGGCUACACUCUUGUAGGCAACGGAUCAGUUGUUUGCCAGGAAAAUGGGAACUACAGUUCACUUCUACAGUGCGAAGGAACAUAUGCUGUACUCAUUUCUGCACUAGUCAUUGGCAUUGCAGUACUUGGUUGCACAGGAAUAUGUUUGUUUUUUAAAUGUCUGAAGAAACGAAAAGGAUCAUACAACACCGGGGAAGAAAAGAUGCCAAAAGAUGCAUUAAUGCAAAGACAGUCAUUCAUCUAUUACUAAUACCAGAUCCCAUAAUCGCAUUGCUCCUGUCUGCCGAUCCACUUCUGAUCCACGCAGUGUUCAGGAGCACAGUAUUACCUCAUGACCAAAAACAUUUUAUUUGCACUCUGAUAUUAUGAUGUCCUCUAUGAGGUGAUUUUUGUUUCCUUUUCUGAAUGCUGAAAUUCUGAAUCCUGGAAUUCCCCACCCUUAAUACCAACCAUUCCUUCAAACAGAGCUCACUGUAAGUUCAGCAACACAUUCCUCUCUGAAAUUCUAUCUAAGGGCUGGUAGCUCCUUGCACAGUCUUCCAGAGCAGAAAUGGGAUCUCAGAUGGUUCUAAAUUGUCCUAAAGUGGUCCUGUCUCAGUCUACAAUCCUGAGACAAGCCAAAAUUAAUCUGUCACACUGUGCUCCUUUUCACAAGUGAAUUGCUGAAACAUGGACACAGAACAUCUUUUAUUCAGUCCCUCUUGUAGAAACUGACGUGCACUGAAGUCAAAGCCUGCUUUGUGAGGCAGCCGUUGGUUAUUGUUUGCCUGGACAAUGGCACUGAGUUAAGCAUCAGACUUGUUCAAGAUUCUAAAUGCAUCAUAUUUUAAAGAAAGUCAAUAGCAGUACUCAUUCAGAUGUGUGUUGUUUAGUCUAGCUGAAGGAGUGCAGACUAUACAGCAAAUAUAUUACCAGGUAAACUUUUCUAAGCACUUUAAAGAUUCACUGUGGCUGUUUGAUGAAUUCUGUGACUAUUUUUAUAUAAAUUAUCUUUUAAAUAUUUUUUAUUAAUAAAACAAUUAAAAGCACUUA